AUGGUCAACAUCACUAUCAAUGGCAACACGGUCAACACAAAUGAAUUGCCCGCUGAGCUUCCCCAAACAGCGGCCAAGACCAACUUUAUCCUCAUCCAGACCUACAACCGUGACUUGACUGCGACCGAGAAGCUUAAGCUUGUGGACCUCGUUAAUAUCCAAGAAUAUAUCGCCCAGUUCACCUACUUGUGUCACUAUGUGAAAGAAGACCUCGAGCCAAUUCGAAAGAAAGAAUAUGUCAAAGGUGUCACCGUGUAUCUGCGAGAGCUAAAGAGUACCAUAUCGCUCAAAGAUAUGGUAGAGAGGGAAGCGGACAGAACAUUUUAUCGCGUCGAUUGCAUUCUUCAUGAGACACCCAAUGUCACCGCUGAGAAACUUGCUCCAGAGAUCGCCGAAAAGGCUGGGGUUGAUAUCACAAAACUUGCCAUUUCUCCAGUGAGGAUUAGACUCACCGUUCAUCAAGACAAGCUUGAAUCUCUGGCGAAGCUCGACAGCAUCAGUCGCAUUGAAGAAGUCCGACCAGAUGAAGUUCUUAAUGACCUGGCUCGUGGAACCCUCAAUGCUGAAAUCCUCGCUUUGUCCACCUCGUACGAAGGAAACGGCCAGAAGGUUUGUGUCGCAGAUACUGGCUUUGACCAAGGCAAGAUGAUAGACGAGCAAGGUAUCCAAGUCCAUCCAGCUUUCGACGGGCGUGUUGAGCAUCUGGAGUCACUCUGGCUCGGAGAUGACAGCAAAGAUACUGCAGGCCAUGGAACGCAUGUUUGCGCAUCAAUCUGCGGCAAUGGACUUUACAAGAGUGGCAACACCCGAGUUCGGGGCGUGGCCCCAGGCGCAACACUCAUGGUUCAAUCUAUCGCCCAAGUUUCUAAAGAUCCCAAAAAGGGUGCCAUCGAAGUUCCAUUGGACCUGGGCCUUCAUCUGUUCUCAAACCCUUAUAGUCUUGGAUACCGUAUCCACAGUAACUCGUGGAGUAAGGUCUGGGAUGCGAAGACUGGUCAGUUAGGAUAUGAGGGUCAAGCCUGGGACAUUGACAAGUUUGUCAUCGAUCAUCAAGACUUUGUCGUUCUGGUUGCAGCUGGGAACAAUGCUGCAAAAGCCAAGUCAAAGAGCAACCAUAUCGGUGCUGCUGGCUCGGCGUUUAAUUGCAUCACUGUCGGGGCUACAGGGACAACACGCCCGAACGAUGGCUACGGGUUUGACAACGAGAUCGGUGCAAAGCCAAUGACACGAAUCAACGACACUGCCAGGUUCAGUAGCAGAGGUCCGACUAAACCUGGCCGAGACAUCAACGGCAAUGAGUAUGCUGGCCGGAUCAAGCCUGAUGUCGUAGCACCAGGUGUGGCAAUUUUAUCAGCAGCUUCUAGAGCAAUGGCCAAGAAUUCGAGAAACAGAGUCAUGUAUGGACGGUCAGGAGAUGAUGACUGGACGUUUAUGUCAGGCACAAGUAUGUCAACACCUCUCGUCGCUGGUUGUGUAGCACUUCUUCGUGAAGCUCUUCAAGAACAUGGCAAGAAGUAUCCUAGCGCGGCACUCAUCAAAGCGCUGCUUGUCAAUGGCGCUGUGAACUUUUCUGAACAGCUUGAUCUUGGGCUUGGCUACGACUAUGAUCAGGGGUUUGGAAGAGUCGACAUUGACAGCUCUAUUUCUAUGGUGAAGCUGUCCUCAUUCAUCGAUGGCGGAAAGCUUUUCGAGGAUACGCAAUUUGACGUGGCACCUUUACGACAAGUGCCCGAGGAAGAGAGACGAUGGAGUAGUUCUCUAAUUACAAACUCUGAACGACAUGGAAACAUGGGUAAAGGUUCAGGUUUUGACCAUAUCAACAACGUUGAGAAGAUUAUAUGGGAAAAUGUGCCGGGUGACACGUUCAAGAUCGUUGUUUCGAUUUGGAACAACCUUGAUGUCAAGGCGCCUGCGUCAUUCGCUGUGGCAUGA